CCGCGCCCUACGCCAGCCUGCGCCCCAGCCAAGGACUCCCAAUACCAGCAUGGACUGCUGCACCGAGAGCGCCUGCUCCAAGCCAGACGACGACAUUCUAGACAUCCCGCUGGACGAUCCCGGUGCCAACGCCGCGGCUGCCAAAAUCCAGGCGAGUUUCCGGGGCCACAUGGCGCGGAAGAAGAUAAAGAGCGGAGAGCGCGGCCGGAAGGGCGCGGGCCCGGGCGGGCCGGGCGGAGCUGCGGGCUCCCGGGGAGGUGCGGGCGGCGGCCCCAGCGGAGACUAGGCCAGAAGAACUGAGCAUUUUCGAAGUUCCCUAGGAGAGAUGGAUGCCACGUCCCUUUCGCAGUGACGAGACUUCCCUGCCGUGUUUGUGAUCCUCUCCUUCCCACCAACUUGCCAGCUUCAGGAGCCUCCCUACGUCCCAGAGACUCCCUCUCCCAGGCAGGCUCCAUCGUGGAGUUGCUAAGUCCGUGCCCUUUUAGUUACUUCUCCAGUCUAGUGUGGUCCCCAUUCGCCCUUCCUUCCCACCCUAGCUCCAAACCCUGCGCUCCCAAAUCUUCCUUCUUUUGCUUCUCGCCCACCUCUCCCCGCACCCAGCAUGCAGCUCUGCCUCCGCCGCCUCGAUGCGCGUCCCCGCGCGUACUGCGGAGGGCGCCCUAAGCGUCGCUCGAAGUACACUCACUUUCCAAAAAACAAGUCCUUUCGUUCCGUGCGCAGCUAAAGGGGGCGCCCUGCGUCGUUCCGGCCCCAGCGUAGAUCCAGGACUUUGGAUAGGGGUGUGAAGGGAAGAGGGUUUUUACUGUGUGGAAUGCCCCUUGCUCUGAUCGGAAGGGAAGUCCCUCUCCCAUUUGCCUGGCACCCCCGCACCCAGUUGCCCAGCGCACUGAGAGGAGCCUCUCCAGUUCUCUUGUUUCUGCAAAUGCCGAGCGUGUGCGAGGCUCGGUGGGAGGAGUGUUCGCGGCACCGCCGCUGCCGGCCCCGCCUCCCGCCGGGUUCCUGGGGCUGUGGCUGGAAGGUUUUUAAUCU